AUGGCACCACUUCGGAACAACCAGAGAAGACUCUGUUUCUCCGAGGUCCGCUGGGCCCCCGAGGACGCCCCCGCGAACCCGCAUUGCCUUGCACCGCGGCGCAAAUGGGCCAUCGAGCUGCUCAUCUGCUCUACCACCCUCUGCAUCACCGUUACCAGCUCGUUGUACGUCAGCACCUACCACCAGAUCAUCGAGGAGUUGCGCUGCUCCCGCAUCGUCGCCACCCUGGGGCUGAGCCUGUUCAUCGGCGGGCUCGGCUGGGGGCCCCUGGUGCUCUCGCCGCUGUCGGAAUUCUACGGGAGACGCCCGAUCUUCCGCAUCUCGCUGCCGCUGUUUGUCCUCUUCUUGAUCCCCUGCGCGGUCGCCCGCAAUAUCGAGACGAUGCUGGUGGCGCGGCUGUUGACCGGGUUGGCCGGGGCGGCUUUUACUAGUGUGGCGGGCGCGACGGUGGGGGAUCUGUAUACCCAGGAAAAAUUGCAUUUCCCGAUGCUGGUGUAUACCGCGUCGCCGUUCACCGGAUCGAGUUUCGGGCCUAUGCUUGGGGGCUUGAUCAAUUCAUUUGCGUCAUGGCGCUGGUCGUUCUACACCCUCCUCAUCUGGUCCUCCAUCCAAUGCCUCCUGGUCCUCUGCUUCGUGCCGGAGACCUACCACCCCGUCCUUCUCCGGCGCAAAGCUCGCCGUCUUCGCAAAGAAACUGGAGAGGAGCGAUGGAAGGCGCCGAUCGAGCGGUUGGACCGGUCGAUCUCGAUGACCGUCCUCCGCUCGCUCUACCGCCCCUUUAUGCUCCUCUUCCUUGAGCCCAUGUGCCUGAAUCUCUGUCUCCUCUCCGCCAUUGCUCUGGGCAUCCAAUACCUGUUCUUCGGCUCGUUCAAGAUCAUCUUCGGCUCGGUCUACAAUUGGGGGCUGUGGCAGUCCGGCCUGGCAUUUGCGGGCAUCACGGCGGGGAUGGUUGCUGCGGUGGUUGCUGAUCCUUGGUGUCGCAGGUUGUAUCUUCGGAUGAACAUCCUGCAGCAAAUUGACGAGACGGACCCCGAGCGACGACUGCCACCGGCGGUGAUUGGAGCGCCGUUGUUAACGGUGGGGUUGUUCUGGUUCGCUUGGACGGCACUGCCUUCGGUGCAUUGGGCGGUGCCCAUCAUUGGGAGCUCGUUGUUUGGAGCAGGGAUGAUCCUAGUUUACGCGGGCGUCUUUACCUUCCUGGUGGAUGCGUAUCCCGUGUAUGCUGCCAGUGCCCUGGGGGCCAACAGCUUCACGCGUAGCACCUUUGCGGCUGCGUUUCCUUUGUUCGGGUAUCCGAUGUACCACACGCUGGGCAACCAGUGGGCGACCUCCUUGCUGGCGUUUCUGAGUCUGGUGAUGGCUCCAUUUCCGUAUAUCUUCUUCCGAUACGGGAAGAGAACCCGACGGAAGAGUCGGUUUGCCACGCGGAAGUAA